AUGAAGAUGUGUUCCCCCAAGAUUCGAAGAUUUGUCCAUCUAAUCGUGGACGACCUCAAAUCCGGGGCUGGUGGCUACUACUCCCUGCGGAACAUAGAUGUCCAGCCCCUCUUUGCGGCCGGUGCCGCCGCCAGCAGCCGCACCAAGAUGCGAGCCACUCGGCCACCUCGCCAGGCCGCCUCGUUCGAAUUCGCCAAAAAGGAGAAUCACAUGGAGUUCUUCCUCUUGGGCAGCAGGAUCGUCGGCGUGAACAAGAACCGGCACACGGUCAUCUACGACACCUCGACGAAUGCCUUCCGAGCGGGGCCCGAUCUAAGGCACGGAAAGUUCAUCCAGCCUGCCUGGGCGGCGGUACGAGGCAGGCUCUACCUCGCCGACGUGGUUCCCCUCGGUCACGGCGAGCCGUGCUUCGAGUCCCUGCGUUUCGACGACGGCGCGCUCCAGGACUGGGUCUGGGACCUGCUCCCCUCGCCGCCCUUCUUCGACGGCACGCCGUGCGGCAUUGGGAAUAUCAUACGCAGCUACGCGGCCGGGGACGGCGACACCAUAUGGCUAUCGACCCUGAAGGGCACCUACACCUUCGACGCCGGCAUGGCCACAUGGCGCAAGGAAGGCGACUGGGCGCUGCCGUUCGACGGCCGAGCGCAGUACGUGCCCGACUACGGCCUCUACUUCGGGUUCACCACCAAGAGGCCGAGCAGGCUGUGCUCCGCCGAGCUGGUCGCCGGCGCCAGGGCCCCUCAGCCGCCGGCGCACCGCGACGUGUGGUGCGACGUCGAUGGGUACACGGGCACGGUGGACGAUGAGUGGCCCGAUGUCGAUCUCGAUGCGUACGGCGCCGGCGACGGGUGGCGUCUCGCCCGCUCUUACCUUACCUGUCUCGGCGGCGGCAGGUUCUGUGUAACGAGGUUCUACGAUACGACCCAUGAUCAGGAGGAGGAUUUUGGCGGUUCCUGCAACGUCGCCGUCAUCACCGCCGUGGAAGCGAGGCUUGAUGAUCCUAGCACGGGGGGCCUGCGGAUGGUCAAAGGGGCUUCCAGGUGCUACAAGUUCUCCGACCACACAUCGUAUGGCUGGGCACUGUGA